GUAUCAAGUCACAUACAGGUGUUAGCGCGAAAGAAGGUGCGGGAGUACCAGGUUGGCAUCAAGGCAAUGAACUUGGAUCAGGUAUCCAAGGACAAGGCACUGCAGAGUAUGGCUUCUUUGUCGUCCGCACAGAUCGUCUCUGCAAGCGUGCUGCAGAACAAGCUCAACAUGCCUCCAAUCCCACCAGUCUUCUCUGCAGCCUCUAGGUUUUGGACAGCUCCUCUCCCAGGACAACCUGGACCUUCUGAGGACAUCAAACCUUUUGCGCAGCCAGUGUACCAGAUCCAGACCCCAGUGCCUCCACCAUUAACCAGUUAUGAAACCCUGUCGUCCCAUCCUGCGUCUGUUGCUGCAGCAGUUACUACUGCAUCAGUCCCCGUGUGGCAAGAUCGAACUAUCGCUUCUUCCAAAUUACGUAUGCUGGAGUACUCUGCAUUCAUGGAAGUACAGAGAGAUCAAGAAACGUUUAGCAAACACCUCUUUGUACACAUUGGCCAGACGAAUCCCUCAUAUAGUGAUCCAGUCCUGGAGGCUGUUGACAUCCGUCAAAUUUAUGACAAGUUUCCUGAAAAGAAAGGCGGGCUGAAAGAACUUUAUGAGAAAGGCCCACAAAAUGCAUUCUUCUUGGUGAAAUUCUGGGCGGACUUGAAUAGCACCAUCCAGGAUGGCCCAGGAGCCUUCUACGGUGUGAGCAGUCAGUACAGCAGUGCAGAGAACAUGACAAUCACAGUCUCCACAAAAGUAUGCUCCUUCGGCAAGCAGGUUGUUGAGAAGGUAGAGACAGAGUAUGCCAGAUUGGAGAAUGGGCGGUUUGUGUAUCGUAUCCAUCGUUCACCUAUGUGUGAAUAUAUGAUAAACUUUAUCCACAAGCUCAAACAUUUGCCAGAAAAAUAUAUGAUGAACAGUGUUCUGGAGAACUUCACAAUUCUGCAGGUCGUCACCAACAGGGAUACCCAAGAAACCCUCCUGUGCAUAGCAUUUGUGUUUGAGGUCUCCACAAGUGAACACGGUGCACAGCAUCAUGUCUACAGGCUGGUCAAGGACUAGUCAGGGGGGGCCUCCUAACCUGCAAAUGGCUGCCUGUGCCAGAUACCUGUCAAAACAUAGAUGCCAAAAAGAAAAAGGCAUUUCAGUAAAUGUUUUUUCCCCAGUUCAGAACAAAAAUGUAACAUACAAACUGUCGUGAAGCAUGUGAUGAAACAAAAGUGCACUUAAAGGGUUAACCUUUUAAAAACAUGUACUUGCGCUGUGGAAAGACUUUCUCUACACUAACUGUAUCAACAAAAGAAGACGUUGCUAAACUUGCCAUGUUCUUUGGAAACCUGAAGGAAAAGAAGAAAGGCAAAAAGGGGGAAUGUUUAGUAUGUUCCCUGAAUCUAGCAUUUGUAAAGAGUGGUGAAUAUAUAUUUUUUUGUAAAAUGCUUUUCUGCCAAAUUGAAUUAGCUUUUUUUCUGGGGGGAUACUAUACUGAAGGGUACCGUAUCUAAAUAGGAAUAUAUUUUUCCUUGUAAUGUUUUUGCAGAGAAGACUUACUAAGAAAUGCAUCUCAGGCAAUGUUACAUACAUGGGAGGGGAAAUCUGUUGUGAUGUUACGUAGCACUUAACUGCCUCUUGUAAAUAUUAUUCGCCAGGAGGUGUGGGGAAAUUAGAACUUUAGAGCCAAAUGAAACUGUGUGACAUGAAUGCAGUUUUACUAAUUUUUAUUUGAUACCUAAUCCAGUUUUGUGAAUGAAAAAAAAAUCUUAUUUCUUUUAAAGUAGUUCUUCAAAAUUUGUAUGAAGCAGUCACUAAAUAUAUGAAUACAUUAAGAAAUGUGAUGCGAUCCCCUCUAACUCCCACACAACUUGCACACAUGCCUUAUAGAGAGCUAUGAAAAUAUAUUUUGGUACUGUGUUUGUAUAGUGCAGUAGCUUCUAGCAUUUUUUUUAAUUCAGGGUACCCUAGAAGGGAUGUGAAUGGUUUUGUUUUACACAGCAUGCUAGCUAAUAGGUACGAGAUUGUCUUGUUAUUAAUGAGCCCAGCUGAGUGGAGCGAUAACCCUGUUUCAGUGGUACUAUUACAUGCUUUGACAACAUUUGGUGAGAAAGCUGUGAAAUGUCACACCUGGCUGAGUGUCCAUCAGGGACCAUGCUGGAGCUGGAAGGGUUGUCCUGGUUCUAAAGUCUGUGUUCUCCCUGGUAUUUCUAUUGCAUAUGAAAAUGAGAAGCUGAAGAUUCCUCUGGGCUUUACUUUCAUUGUGCAGAAUUUAAAUGGCUCAGCAUUUGUCCCCGUUCUUAAAAUUAAGAGAGGAACCUUCUGAUGGUGCUAGUGAAUUCUGAAGUAAAAAGUACAAGCUCCCUGAAGUGCACUGAUGACUGUUAAUUUACUGGAUGCUAAAAUGGAAGAACUGCAGAUUAUAUGUAGUAGAUUUUUAGGAAAAUGAGUUUGUGAAGUGUCACUAUCUGGAAGCUUUAGAAGUUGCUGUAACUGUCCUGGUAUCUCUGUAAGGUCUUAGCUAGGAGCACUCUUGCUGUGGAUUGAGGGUAGGGGAAAUGAAAUUUUUGCACUGGCAUGUGUACUGUAUAAAAUCCCAGAUAAGUGUUUAAAUAAUUUUAAGUUACCAGAAAAACAUAUACCAGCUGUUGUUUUACUGUUAUAUAUUUUAUACCACUUCUUGUGGCUGACUUGCUUUUUAAACUUAACACCGUGUCCCGUUUGGAGUACCCUUGCUCUCCCAUCACGUCUGAGAGCACUUACAGCCAUGCUAAGUGACCAGUGGACUGCAGUUGGAUGGCCAAAGUAGAAAUGCCAAUUAAUUCAGUGGGUUGCCAGUUGGUGCGGUGGGUACCUCGGGGGGGGGGGGUCUUUUGGGGAAUAUUCGGUCAUUGCCCACCUCAUCUGAUUCUUUGUUUCCACUGACUAUCCCUUAAGUCAGAUUGUUGGCUUUCCAAGUACGUUCUGACUGUUUAACCUGAAGGGCAUUUUUUUUAGGUAUGUUUAACAUGGUCAGUAAUGCAGACAAUAACUUUGUUCAUAGGUGAUUACUAGAUAACAAACCCAGAGGGGGGCUUUUUGUAAGCCUUGCCAUAUGUCCUAAAGGUGAGAUUCAAACCCUGUACCUUGUGUCUGUAAGGUAAAUACCUUAACCAUUAUGCCAACCCCAAAGAAGCAUCAUCCCUGGGUAGCCAUGAACCCCAACCUAUCUGUUAACAGCCAAACGUGCUAACCGAUUGUGCCACAGAGAUGAGAUUGUCAUGAUUGCCCCUACUUCUGUUAAGAAGAAAUUCACCAAAGAAUGGUGCAACACAGUGAGAAGACAUACACAGUAACAAGACCAGAUAAAGUCCUAAGCAGACAAUAGGGCUUACACAUAUAGGGCUUACACAUUAGUCUGUUAGUCCUUGUCCUUUUUUUAUUUUUAAAGGUAAAACUCAAAAGCAUUGCAUAGGACAUUCAAGGAACCGAGGUAAGAGCGACACACUUGGUGUGGAGUACUGCCUGUCUGAGAUGUGUUGCUUUAUCUCGAAUGCUAAAUGUACCUUGUGUUAAUGUCACAUUGAGCUGUCUGCACCUUUUAAAGAAAAAUGUUUUUAUCACUUGGCCAUCAUUGGAAUGUAUAUUGGAUAAAUAAUCUCUGGGGGCUAAACUAAAGUGGAGAGGAUGCAUAUAGCUUUGUACAUUUACAUAAAGUCUGUGUUCCCUAGAGACAUGAAAUGGAUACAGAUCACAGUUUAAUAUAUGGCCUGGUGCUUGCAUUAGUAUGAUGAUGGGGUCCCUUUGUAGCUUUAUUUUUUUAUGGCUGAGCACAUUGUACAUUGUGAGGCUGCGGAAAUGUUGGCUGCCAUGUGUCACUUUGGUGAGAGGCAUAGCUCUCAGUCAGCUGUCCUUGAUUUAUUUUUCAGAACAUCUCUGAGUUUGUCUCGUAUUUUUGCCCUGUCCCUCUUAAUUUUUUUUUUUUCCAGUAUUUUCGUGUAGGAUCACUUCAGUGUAUAAUGCCAGCAUUAAAAAUUUCAGGCUUCUUAUUCUUUUGACCGUCAUUGUUUUCAUAUUUCUCCAUGGUUCUGAGCAAAGAAUUUGAGAGCGAAGGUGAUAGGAACAGGAAUGGAAGGGAGACAUUCAUCAGUACGAAAGUACAGAACACUGAUGCACUAUGGAACAGUAAGCCUCAAGCAAGUCAUUGCAUAGGCCGGCACCCUUUUUGCGUGGGGGAUGUUAUCAGAGGUGAGAUGUCAUAUAUGGGACAUGUAGAUUACAAAAUUAGGUAGUCAUUUACUAUAGAGUUCAUUGAUACUUGAGAAAUAUCAGACAAAAAUAAACUACACCAGACAGAUGAGCAGUCAGAAGCAUCUGUUGGGUGUGAAUACUAUGCUUAUGAUUGCAAAUGCCUUUACUUGGAAAUAGGAAGCAAAGAAGAAAAAAUAUAAAAUUAGAUUUGAAGGGGAGGUGGCAGAGUGUUGCAAGUUAUUCUAUCAACAGAAAUUGUCCUCAUGUGGACAGCUGUGUGCAUUGUCUUAAACUGCUGCACAUUCUGAUUUCCUUUAUUGUUUUCCUGAUAUAUCCCACAGGAAAUUCAUGUAUGCUUGAAAUAUUCCUGCUUUUCGUUGGCUGGGUUCUGUUACCAUCCUUUCAUUAAGUAGAUGUGUCUUCACCUCAUACAUUCAUAAUUCCCAGCUGCAAAUGUUAAGGGUUUAGAUGAGAGACUUACUUUCUACAGUCAGCUUACCCUGCAUAAUAAUGCACUCAUCAGUUCUUCAUACGUAACUGACCCCCACAGAUUUUUCCAGAAGAGUGUAUUUAAUUAUUUAUUUUGUUUAUUCCCCCGGGAUGUGUGACUGGGUGCAGAACCCCUUUUCAGUGGAGGCCAAGGGAGAAAAGUUCCAUUGCUACAAUAUACUUCAAGAUACAAUAUAACUUAACACAAGUAAAUUAAACAUCACUGUCGCCUUUGAUAGUGCAGUGUUAGAAAAUUAUUCACAGUGGCAUAUUGAAUUGGUUCACAUUCCAUAAAACCUUACAAAAUAAAAGUACACAUUCAGACUGGCACAAUUACAAUAUCAUGUUGACAGAGAAUAUAUUAUAUACAAACAUUUGUAGUGGAACAGCUGUAAGCGUAGACAUGCAUGAGCAAAUGUAUAGAUACCUGCAUUAAAGUGGGAGUUAGACAAGGUAUUCAGGAUGUACCAUUUAGUGGGGGGGGGGGGGGGGGCAGUAAACAGAUGUAAUCCAGGAAGCUCGAGUCAGGUCUGGUAUCCCACCUGUGACCCAGAGGGUGACAGGACUAAUGAGAAACUGAAUACAGAGGAUUAGUCCAGAUAAACUCACUUUAGCUAGCAGAUCUAGCAGACACUCUCUGAUGCCCUCCCUGUGGAAGGAAUAAAGACAUCUUGUGAAAGUUUCAAGUAGCUUAUUCAGUUAAGUAGGUGGAUGGACAAGGGUUCUUGUUCUAAUACUUUACAUUCAACAGGUCAGUUAUUUAGAGCUGUUCUUGUUGGUCGUUAUCUCGUGUUGAGCCAUUUGUUAGGGCAGCAUGCCCAGUGCGCUGUGUGACAUCACUUGCUUGUUUCUGUGUCAUUGGUGUUCUUAAAGUGAUUCCUUUGAGUGGAUAACUCCUUGGGGUACCUCUGAGUCACAGAUAGGAUACCAGUCCUGACUCAAGCUUUAAGUAGUCUGUUCAGUUAAGUAGGUAGAUGGACAAGUGUUCUUGUUCUGGUCACAAGUUGGAAUGAGUUUAGUGACUGAGACCACUACUUUCACUUCUGGAGAAAAAAGCAACAAUGUCUGAGGUGCCAGAGAGAGUAUAUGGUGCACGACAACUUGCGACGUAAACAUAACUCAAGAUCUCAUUUUUAUAAAUAGUAAUUUAUUUGUCUGUAAAUGAAAACUUUUUGGCUGGCUCUUUACUUAUCUUUUGUAUUUCAUAAACAUAAAUGUUUUGAAUAAGGGAAAGUCCCUGAUAUAGUGCUUUGUAAGUGUCUGGGAUAACUCUUACAGGCCAGAAUCUCCCUUGUCUUUUCAAAAAAGUUUGAAUCCUUUUCCACCCCAAAGGAGAGUCUUCAUUCAGGAGAGUGGCAUGAAGUCCUAGGGUAAGCGGGAUUCCUCUCAGCUACUGUUAGAGAGGCUUUAGCGGCAUUACAGUCGUACCUUGCCACAUGCCCCCCAGCUUUCCUUCCUUUCUGUAUUUUCCCCUCUGGUAAUUCAUCCAGAAUUUCUUGAGUUUGAUUUAAAACAGCUCCCUGGUAGGUGCUAAUGUGAGCCUGAUAAUUUAAUGCUCCCGCUGACAAGAUGAAACUUUUUCCAUAUCUUUCUGCAUCUCUAGUGUCCCAGCUGAUGUUACAAUACCCAGAGAUAAUGGGCUUUUUUGGGGGAUGUACUAUCAGAGUCUCCCAUCCUGGGAUCUGUAUUAUAUACCUUGUAUAGCUCUGAGUAAUAUUCUGAAGCUCUGUACAAUUUUGCCGUUUACUUGGUUGUAAGGGGCCUUCAUGCCAGUGUGUUGAGAAGGUUUAUUUGGUUAUCGGUUAAUUGCUUCAUUUAUUCAGAAACAGAUUGGACCAACGCACCUGACUGGAAAUAUUUCCAAGCUUUGUCGACAUCAGAGUUAGUCAUAAUGCAUGGAAGUACAGGGACUUCCCUAGCUGCUGUAGGGAGAGAGGGACAACCAAAGCGCAUUACAGAAAGUAAACAUAGAAAAAGAUCUGUUCAAUUAGCUGCCACACAAUAGCAGUCUUAGAAGGCUGCAGCUACGUAGGCUGUGGAUAUUUAUUUAAACUCUGUCUGAGAAAGACGUGCAAGGUUUAGCUAAGACUGGGGCUGACCCAGUCUAGUAUGUUGAGAGUUCUUUUUAAAAGAUAUCUUCUUGUCUCACCUGCUGAAAAUGAUUUUUCAUGAGGUUCUCCAUUUCGGGAAGGCUGUAUUAUAUCAGAGUGAACUUGAAGGAAUGGAGAAAGCUUAUUCAAUAUCUGUAUUAACUAGGUGACUACAUCUUUUUUUUUAACAAGAAAAAUCUUUAUUGAAUUAUCACUUAUGAUUAAGAUGAUCAUACAUUUAUAUAAAGAAAAAAAAACGUAUUUGACUUUUUUUUAGUUGCACACUUUAUAUAUCCCGUAUAAUCUUCUGUAGAUUCAUUGUCAGUCAAACAUUACAUGGCUAAUUACUGCCUUCCAGUAAGCCUCAUUCCUCCUCUUCAAAAAAAAUUCUGCAUGUAUUGUUCCCACAGUUCUCAUUUUUUCUAUGUAAUUUGUUCCUACCCUUUUCUAAAGAACCCACUUCCAGUUCUUUUAGGUGACUGCAUCUUAAAUUUACAAUACCGUCUUUCUUCCUCAAAAUAUUAGGGUUGUAUCUGUUUUAUGUUUUAAGCAAAAGACAGAGAACCAAAUGUUUUGUACAAGUCUGAGGUGUAUGGCUUAGAAUAUUGUACCAUAAGUGGAGCAGCACAGUGUUAGAAGAGAGGGGAAAAUGUGCUUUAUGUUAAAAUGAAGCUUCCUUUUUCUCUGGGUAACUGCAGCCUUGAAGUUUGUAGAUUUAGGAGUUUUGGUAGGUGAAGAUGAGAUCCCCUACAUGGCAGGGGCAGGAGUGGCCUUAGAUCAACUGGUGCCCUAGGCAAAAGGGCUCCACAGCGCCCCCCCCCACACCACCCCAGUGCCCCCAUUCUGGUCUACCUACACCAAAUAAAUACUGGAAAAGUGCCCCUGCUAGAUCGUUGCCCUAGGCGGCCACCUAGUUGGCCUAUGCCUAAGGCCGGCUAUGGGCAGGGGGUAGAGCCCCCUGAGUGUUUUGGCCCUUGUUUCGUCUUUCAUUUUAAAUCCUGUUUUAGCAGUCAGGACUGAUACAUAUGUUAAUUAUCCAGCUUAGUAGAUUGUUUUGUUCUUUCUGUCUCUGUCUCCUUGAUUUUUACUUCUAUCUUUUUGAAGGUUUUCAUUUUUUUUUACCAUUCUUCUGUCCAGAACCUGGUUUAAAAUGGUGCACAAGAACAGCUAGCCUUGCGCUUACCUUUGAACCUAUAUACACUUGAAAAUGUCUUUUAAGAGGAACAUCAGAGGAAACUUUGUAAAUCUAGGUCGAGUGAGGCAAAACCUGAGG